CUGCCGCUCCCGCUGCCGCUCCCUCCCGCUGCCGCUCCCGCUGCCCCGCUCCCGCUGCCGCUCCCGCUGCCGCUCCCGCUGCCGCUCCCGCUGCCGCUCCCGCUGCCGCUCCCGCUGCCGCUCCCGCUGCCGCUCCCGCUGCCGCUCCCGCUGCCGCUCCCUCCCGCUGCCCGCUCCCGCUGCCGCUCCCGCUGCCGCUCCCGCUGCCGCUCCCGCUGCCGCUCCCGCUGCCGCUCUGCCGCUCCCGCUGCCGCUCCCGCUGCCGCUCCCGCUGCCGCUCCCGCUGCCGCUCCCGCUGCCGCUCCCGCUGCCGCCGCCCCGCUGCCGCUCCCGCUGCCGCUGCCGCUGCCCGCUGCCGCUCCCGCUGCCGCUCCCGCUGCCGCUCCCGCUGCCGCUCCCGCUGCCGCUCCCGCUGCCGCUCCCGCUGCCGCUCCCGCUGCCGCUCCCGCUGCCGCUCCCGCUGCCGCUCCCGCUGCCGCUCCCGCUGCCGCUCCCUCUGCCGCUCCCGCUGCCGCUCCCGCUGCCACUCCCGCUGCCGCUCCGCUGCCCGCAAAAUUCGAGGCCGAGGCCUAA